GGCCGCGCUCGCCCCGUCGUCGCGCACCUGCAGCUGUGCCCCGUCCGCACCUGAAGCGCACCUGUAGCUGCGCACCUGCACCACUCUCGCCAUGGGCUUCGCGCGCGUCCUGCUCGUCGCCCUGCUCGCGGUCGCCACGGCGGGCCGCUCCGACGGCUUGCGUGCGCUCAUGGUGUUCCCCUUCGGCGCCCACAGCCACAAUACCAUGUUCAAGGCCAUGGCCGAGGCGCUGGUGGAGCGCGGCCACCAUGUGGUCAUGUUCAGCAACUUCCCGCCCAAGACCCCGCUGCCCAACUACACGCACGUGGACACGUCGGCGGGCGGCAUCUCACUGCUGGGCGCCAUCGACUUCAGCCUGCUCAAGCCGAUCCCCUUCGACUUCCCGCCUCUGGUCGCCUGGGCGUACGCCGAGGCCAUUGCGGCCAUGGGCGGGGACGCCGUCUGCCGACAUGUCCUCGCCAUGCCCGAGGUGCACGAGGUGCUCGCUGGCGGCUACGGCAAGUUCGACGUGGUGCUGACGGAGGCCUUCGGCGCCGACUGCUGGGCGGGCAUCCCGCACCGCCUGGGGCUGCCCGUCGUGAGCCUGGCCUCGGGGCCCGACUGGCCCCAGAUCCAUGAGCGGAUGGGCUCCAUCGACAACCCGUCGUACAACGUGAACGUGUUCGCCAAGAUCACCGAGCCCAUGGGCUUCUGGGACCGCGUGUACAAUACCGUGUUCUCCGUCUGCAUCAAGUACUUCAUGCGGCGUAGCCUACAGGACGGCACCGACGCCACGAUGCGCGAGUUCCUCGGAGAGGACCUGCCGCCGCAGCGCGAGCUCGUCAAGAACACGAGCCUCAUCCUGCUCAACAGGCACGUCAGCAUCAACGCGGCCCGCCCCGUCACGCCCAACAUUGUGCACGUCGGCAGCCUGCACGUCACGACCGCGCCCGGGACGCUGGACCCGAGCCUGCGAGCCUGGAUGGACGGCGCCGAGCACGGCGUCAUCUACUUCUCCCUGGGCUCCAUCAUCAAGGCCUCGUCCAUGCCGGUCGAGCUGCGCGACGACUUCAUCUGGGCCUUCAGCCAGCUGCCGCAGCGCGUCGUCUGGAAGUUCGAGGCCGACAACGUCACCCUCCCGGACAACGUGCGCGUCGCCAAGUGGCUCCCGCAGAUGGACGUGCUGACGCACCCCAAGACAAUGCUCUUCAUCACGCACGGCGGCCUGAUGGGCACCCUGGAGGCGCUGCACUGCGGCGUGCCCAUGCUCGGCAUCCCGCUCUUCGCGGACCAGGGCGUCAACAUGGACAUGUACAAGGGGCUGGGCGUCGCCGACUACGUCAACCGGCUGACCAUGACCCGGGAGAGCUUCCUCGCCGCCCUCAAAGAAAUGACGACCAACAAACGGUACCGAGAGCGCGCCCGCGAGGUGGAGAUCCUGCAUAAGGACCGGCCGCGCUCGGCCGCCGACGAGGCCGUGUGGUGGGUGGAGUACGUGGUGCGCCACCGCGGCGCCCCCCACCUCCGCCCGCGCUGCGCCGACAUGCCCCUCUACCAGUACCUGCUCCUCGACGUGAUCGCCUUCCUGGGCGCCUGCGCGCUGGCGCUCGCGGCCGUCGCCGGCCUCGUGGCGUGGAGGGUCGUCAACGCCCUGGCGGCCAGGGCCGCGUUAGCGCGCGGCCCCAAGGCCAAGGCGGCCUGACGCGCGCCGCUCUAUCUCAAGCCUCAACGACGGGGAGUCGUUUCGGUCGUUUUGAUUUUGGGCGCACUGUCAAAAAAUAGUCGCAGGUUUUCGAAGAAAUUUUCAUAUGACAUGUGUAGAAAAAUUGAUAGUUUACAAGCCCCUUCUCAUCGACUGGAAAUCUGAUCGACGAGCAAUAAUAAUCUUUCGCACAUUUUUUACGAAAUAGUUCCAUCGUACACUAAAUUUAAAAAAAAAAUGUUGUAAAUUGUCCAGGAUAUUUUCCACGCAGUGCGGACGGUCGCCCCUUUUCAGCGAUCCCUUUCGUAUAUUUUUAUAACAACAACAACUCCAUCGUAAAAUAAGACAACAAGUAAAUGGACUAAAUGCGACGCGGCCUCUGCAGCCCGUCCGCAGCCCGUUCGUGUGAAUCUCAAGAGGGGCGAGGAGGAGCGGCUCUAAAGGCGAGGGGGAUCGGCUAAAGGCGAGGCGCGUGGACGCGGGCGCGUUGUCUCGGGAGUGAUUGACGACGACGAGUGGCUGGCGACCUUGGGCCAGGGUGACGACUGACGACACCGCCCGACGCGGAAUAAAGAAGUUCGGCCCGCCACUUACUUUGGUGCAUCGCAGCGAUUGACCCGCGUACAAUGUGCGCGGCCUUUAUCAGCUCAGUCUAUACGUAGGCGCUCAUGUACGAACAAAGAAAAAAAAACUAAGUAAAACGAAAAAAAAAAAAAGAAACAACAAAA